CACCUCUUAUCUUGCAGCGUACACUGCGAGCAAGACGCAGACAGAGAAGCUGGGUAAUGAGGGGCUGGUAAGAUGUAGCCACUGGGUGUUUCCGCCCUGCCCCUCUUGAAUAAUGAAUGAAAGUGAAAAAGGAUUAAGGAUUAUCUGUUAACUCUGCACCUGUUAAAGGACUCUGGGGUGUUAAGAAAGAGCGUUUGGAUCUUCUCAUAUGUCACAAAGACAAACAAGCAGAUCCGGUGGCUUUUGACACCUGUCCAGAGGUUCUGCAGUUUCACCUGACUUCUGCUACUGCAUUCAAGAACUCUGUGAACUGAGGAACUUGUUUCAUUUUCUCUUGGGAUAAAACAUCUUUUUGCAGGUAAAAUGACCUCUCAAACAGCGCAGGUGUUGCUGUCGCUGAACGCCAAAGAAGUCAGCUCACUCAAAGAGGGAGUCAAUUUCAAGAAGUACUCAGUGGACGGUAAAUGUUGUAUCAUAUACAAGAACAACGACAUCAUUAGAGCAUGCAAGAACCAAUGCAAACACCAAGGAGGGUUAUUCAUCAAAGACAUCGAGGACCUGGAUGGCAGGACUGUUAAAUGCACAAAACAUAACUGGAAGUUAGAUGUGUCAACAAUGAAAUAUGUGAAUCCACCAGACAGCUUCUUGCAAGAUGAGCUUGAGGUAGAGAUUUUGGAUGAUGGGGGGCUUCAGUUGGUCGAGUUGAACCCCAUCAACCCCUGGCUGGUUGAUCCUAGAGAGCCCAUGGAGCUCCAGGAAGGAGAAGUCAAAGUGACCUACUUAACCCACGCCUGCAUGGAGCUGCAGCUGGGAGAGAGACGGUUCAUGUUCGACCCGUGGCUGAAGGGUCCCGCGUUUGCCAGAGGCUGGUGGCUUCUCCAUGAGCCUCCAGCAGACUCUCUGGACAGACUAUGUGAAGCCGAUCUCAUCUACAUCAGCCAUAUGCACUCUGACCACCUCAGUUACCCCACACUAAAGGUCUUGUCAGAGAGGAGACCAGAUGUCCCCAUUUAUGUUGGUGACACAGAGAGACCUGUCUUUUGGGAUUUGAAGCAAAGCGGAGUGAACCUGACGAACAUCAAUGUCGUUCCUUUUGGCAUCUGGCAAGAUAUUGGCGAACACCUGAGAUUUAUGAUCCUGAUGGACGGUGUACAUCCUGAAAUGGACACCUGCAUCAUUGUUGAAUAUAAAGGUCACAUGAUCCUGAACACUGUAGACUGCACCAGACCAAACGGGGGCAGACUACCACAGAAUGUGGACUUAAUGAUGAGUGACUUUGCUGGGGGGGCAUCUGGAUUCCCCAUGACCUUCUGUGGAGGAAAAUACAGUGAUUCCUGGAAGGCAGAUUUCAUCAAGAGGGAAAGGGCGAAGCUGCUGAAUUACAAAGCUCAGCUGGUGAAGUACCUGCAGCCUAAGAUCUACUGCCCGUUUGCUGGAUAUUUUGUGGAGGCCCAUCCAUCUGACAGAUACAUUAAGGAUACAAAUGUUAAAAACAGUGCAGAGGACCUCAAUGCCUGCAUCAAUAAGCUCACAUCAGAAACCAGGACAUGGACGCCCAAGCCAGGCGCUGUGCUAGACCUUGGCCUCGCUUUGAAAGACCUCACUAACAGUGAGGCCAUCACCAAUCCCCCAGCCAGUGCAAAAAUCUACAAGAACAGUUGGGAUUUCGACUUGUAUGUGGAUGAGCUGAACAGCGCCAUCAGCUGUGAGAUAUUUAAACAUCGAGGCUGGAUCCAGUUUUAUUACACCUGGGCAGGCUUUCAAAACUACAACCUUGUUGUGCGGAUGAUUGAGACAGACGACAACUUUGAACCCUUUACUGAUGGCUACGACUAUUUGGUGGACUUUGUGGAUCUGUCGUUCCCCACCAAGAGGCCUGACAGAGAGCACGCCUACAUAGAGAUUAAAAAUAGGGUUGGGGUGAUGAGAUACGUGGUGCUGCACGGCCGUCUCUGGGAUGAUCUGUACAUCGGCUUCCAGAACCGCAUCAGCCGAGACCCGGACAUCUACCACCACAAAUUCUGGAACCACUUCCAAACAAAACUACCGACUUGCAGACCAGACUGGAACAAGUUCCUGCAACAGGAAACUUCCAUACAGGACCCUGACACACACAGUCACGGCAUCGUCUACGGCUUACUCAAUCUAAUCAGUGGGAUAUUAAGAUUAUUAAAGUCAAUAUGGGUCUGAAUGUGACAAUCCAAAUAAGAAGUACUAGUAGUAUCGAAUACUGAUUAAGAAUGUGACUGAGGACACCUACUGGUUCAGAAAUAUCACUUUGGAAUCGUCAUCAAACAAGAUGAUAUUUUUCACCAUUUGCUUGUUCUAGCUGAGACUUUAAAACAUUUUUUAAACUAUUAUUAUUCCACAACACAGAAUUGGAGCUAUAUGAAAAAAUAAACUAACUCCUUUGGUGGAUUUCUUUCAAUAUUUAAGACCCAGACAAAUUUUGGUCACAAAAAAGGUUAGAGGUUCUGCUUUAUUAUUCUAUAAAUUCAGAACAUCACACUACGAUUCGUUCAGGUUUAAGGUUUAACAUUUCAGAAAGACUGGCCUUUAGUAUGAUGAUAUACUAGUUUAUUCUACAGUAAGGUCUAGAGCUCUUCAAGCACUGGGUGUAGUAGUUAGGACCAAGCCUUGUAGAAAGGAAAGGGGUAGGAGACGAUUUAGCUUUCAGCCAAAGUGCAUUGUUACAGGCAGGCACGGACUGAUAAUCUGGCAUACCGUGCAUUUGACCGGUAGGCCGACGUGCUAUUUGGGCCGAUAAGUCCCAAUAUAUAUAUAUAUUUUUAAAUAUUGGUCUGACCGGCCCAUAACCAGUAGAUCACACAGCCCAAACACACUGUUGAACAACCACCCUGUUUGCUUUGGUCCCGCCUACAGGCAAAAAAAAAAAAAAAAAAAA